GCAGGUAUGCGAGCCGCGAAUUGCGAUCGUCUGCCCUCCGCCGCCUGUUUUGAUUGAUCGCGGCGUUUGUGUCACGUCGCACCCCGCGCUGUAAAUAGAAUCGCUUACGUUAAAUCCACGCCGAAAACGUUCGAAAUCCGCCAACAGUCGAGGAAUGUACGUGCACGUCUUCAACGCUCUUGCGGCCGCAAGAAGAAAAGUGCGCGCGAGUGGAAUAAUAUCCUCAACGUGAGCGUUGCGAGCGGCGAGCAGAGCGGUUGGGUGAGAGUCGCGUGUGUGAGUCAGAAACACCCGAACGUCGUCAUCGCUAAGUGGGUCUUACUCCCAUCGGUCGGGCGCGCGUUCAGUCUGCGUGCACGAGUCGGCGCGCGUUGUUGUGUGUGUCCGCAAAGUCCGACGUGGUGCACACCGCCGAAGACACUACAUCCAGAGGCGAUGCAACACUGAGCGCAUUUCACUUUUUUUUUUCGCCUACAUAACACAACGCGCGUUUGUUUCGACAUUGUUUGUGUGCUAAACGAAAAACCGGCGUGUGUAACCUGCACACGGUCGUAAACGAAGAACUAUAGUUUAAUCGGCGGGUCAAACCAUCACGAUGGCAUCUGCUCGAGAGGUCGGCGUUGGUGACUUUGUCCUCUUGGACAAAAUCGACCAAAAGCAUUUCAUGGACAACUUGGAGCUUAGGUUCAAAAAUGGCAAAAUCUACACAUACAUCGGCGAGGUGUGCGUCUCGAUGAACCCCUAUAAGCAAAUGAACAUUUACGAUAACGCCCACGUCCAGAAAUACAAAGGUCGUGAGCUGUUCGAGAAUCCACCGCACAUAUUCGCCAUCGCCGAGGCAUCGCACAAGGUGAUGAAACAGCAAGGCCGGGACACCUGCAUCGUUAUUUCAGGGGAGUCCGGCUCCGGCAAAACCGAAGCGUCCAAGAUUAUCAUGAAAUACAUUGCGGCUGUGACAAAUCAAAACGGCCAGAAGGAAAUCGAGCGCGUGAAGAAUGUCCUCAUUCAGUCGAAUUCAAUUCUGGAGGCGUUUGGCAAUGCGAAAACCAAUCGCAAUGAUAAUUCCAGUCGUUUCGGAAAGUACAUGGACAUCCACUUUGAUUUCAAGGGCGAUCCUAUUGGAGGUCACAUCAACAAGUACUUAUUGGAGAAGAGUCGCGUCAUUUAUCAGCAAUCCGGCGAGCGCAACUUUCACUGCUUCUAUCAGCUGUUGGUCGGCGCGCCGGAAGAACUCCUCAAGAAACUGCAUCUACAACGCAGUCCGGAUAAGUAUUUCUACGUGAAGCAAGGGCAAGCGGCGCGUGUCGACUCGGUCAACGAUAAAUCCGACUUCAACACCGUCGUCAAUUCGCUUUCAACGCUGCAAUUCGCCCCGGAUGAGAAGGAAACGCUCUGGAACGUCAUUGCCGCCAUCCUGCACUUAGGCAAUGUUGAGUUCGCCACCGAAGAGGACUCCGUACGGGUAAUCAAUGGCAAAAAUAGCAUGGUAGCUCAACUCUUGCAGGUUACCGACGAGCAAUUGUCGAAGGCAUUAUGUCAUCGUACAAUUGCAGCGCGUGGUGAAGUAAUGAGCAAGGAGCACACGCAAACCGAGGCGACUUUCGGACGUGACGCAUUCGCAAAAGCCAUCUACGAUCGCCUAUUCACCUGGAUUGUUGAUAAAAUCAACGCAGCCAUCUCCGUCGACGGCAAUUCAAACUACAACGCAUCGAAAAAAUACAGGUCGUGCCUUAUUGGUGUCUUGGAUAUCUACGGAUUUGAAAUUUUCGAUAAUAACAGUUUUGAACAAUUCUGCAUCAAUUAUUGCAACGAAAAACUGCAGCAGUUAUUCAUCGAACUGGUCUUGAAACAGGAACAAGAAGAAUAUCAACGUGAGGGUAUCGAAUGGACCAACAUUGAUUAUUUCAACAAUAAAAUCAUCUGCGAUUUGGUGGAAGCGCCACACAAGGGUAUAAUUGCCAUAUUGGAUGAAGCAUGUCUGAAUGUGGGUAAAGUCAGCGAUGAAUUGCUGCUGGAAGUGAUGGAUAGUAAAUUAAAGCAGCACCAGCACUACUCCUCGAGACAGUGCAAGUCUUCGGACAAGAGUAUGCGCCAUAAAGUUGAUUUCAAGAUUACGCACUAUGCGGGCGAUGUGGUGUACUAUGUGUAUGGUUUUCUGGACAAGAACAAAGAUUCGUUGUUCCAAGACUUUAAGCGUUUGCUCUACCAGUCCAAGGACAAGAACAUACGGGACAUGUGGCCGGAAGGCGCGCAGCACAUCACAGAGGUGACAAAACGACCUCUGACAGCGGCAACAUUGUUUAAAAAUUCAAUGGGUGAGCUGGUGAAAAAUUUGCAGUGUAAGGAACCGCAUUACGUUCGCUGUAUUAAGCCGAACGAAGCGAAAUCUCCCAGUAUGUUCGACCACGAGCGUGUUAACCAUCAGGUGAGUUAUCUAGGGCUGGUCGAGAACGUCCGCGUGCGACGCGCAGGCUUCGCGCAUCGCCAGCGGUACGAUCGCUUCCUGAAACGCUAUAAGAUGAUCUCUCCUACAACGUGGCCCAACUUCCGUAAGGGCAACGAUAAGGAGGGUACCCGCGUACUGAUGGACGAGUUGGGUUUCACCCCGGAUGUGAAAUAUGGCCAUAAGAAAAUCUUCAUUCGUUCACCGAAGACGCUCUUCGAGCUCGAAAACCGGCGCAAUGAUAAGAUGUACUACAUCGCAACGGUUAUCCAGAAGACCUGGAGAGGAUACGUUGCACGUUGCAGGUAUGAGCGCAUGAAGGCUGCCUGGACGAUUAUCAGCGCAUACAAGCGGUACAAGCUGCGCGCGUAUAUUGAGCGUCUGCAGGUGAAGUUCAAGGAUGCGAAGAAACUGCCUGACUAUGGCAAGAUUAUCUCGUGGCCCAAGCCGCCACCGGCGCUGAUGGACACCGCGAAGACCCUGCGUAAAUAUUACAACUACUGGCGUGGAUAUAUGAUUCUACGCAAGAUUCCCAAGGAGGAUCGGCCCGAGCUGCGGCUCAAAAUUGCGGCUGCUACGUGCCUGAAGGGUAAGCGGCCGUACUAUGGUUUGGAUAGGCAAUGGGAAGGGAACUACCUGUCCAAACAGAUGCACAACCCGAGUUGUGGGCUUUUCAACGAGAGCAUCAACAACUUACGCAACACGAAUGCUUUCAAAGAAGUAUUGUUUUCGUCGUUUGUCGCGAAAUUCAACAAACACAACAAGUGCGCUGAUCGUGUCCUGCUGGUUACCGAUCAGUAUGUUUAUAAGCUUGAUAAGGACAAGUUCAAGCCAAUGAAAGAAGGUACAGCGCUAGCGAACAUCACGGGUGUGAGUGUCAGCUCCGCCAAGGAUCAGUUGUUUGUCCUUCAUUGCCAAGGUGGCAAUGAUUUGGUAGUUUCAUUACAAAGCUUUAUCACCGAGGAUAAAGUUGGCGAAUUGAUUGGCGUUCUAGCAAUGAAAUAUCAAAGCAUGCAUAAUUCUGAACUGCCGAUCACUGUUACUGAUGGGCCAGUUUGCUCGUUGGGCGGUAAACGCCGGCCAAUUGUGAUUCGUGUAUCGUCCUCGAUUAUGAUGCCGACCUUCAAAAAGAGCGGAUCCAGCGUUGCCUACGAGAUACCCUCCGCCGACGCACGCCAGUAUGUCAUGUAGUCUACGAAUGUGCCUUAAAUCAUUUUUAGGAACAAUGCGUUGCUUCCAAACAUUUUAACAAAACAAAAAAAAUUCAUAGGAAUCAUUUCAAGUUUUCGGCGUGCCGCAAUGAAAUUUUACGUUCACACAUUGAUACAUGCAGCGAAAUCAGGCGUUCAAACAUUUAUAUUUUUCUACGAUUUACAUGAAAUAUAAAUUCAUCAGUUCGAAGUUUACCAGAACUGAAGGUAUUCCAUAUUUAAUGAUGUACGAGUGAAUGGAUUAUACUUAGAGAAACGCGCUUGUGAUAAUGAAACGAAAGGCCUUAAACUGCCUAGUACUUAACCGCUUAUUAGAAAUUAUUAACUAGUAUGGGAUGCGCAACGCAGGUCAAACAAGUUGUUGCUGGACGCAAUCAGAUUGCGUCGCAUCAAAGCGAUGUUUUUGAUAGUAUUUUGUAAUGAUGCAUUCGUCAAUGUAUUGGUUUUAACUUAAUUGUUUUUACAAAUAGCAGAGGAACCAAAGAAGAGGUUGUUUUGAUCCGUUUUUUAUGCUCUUGGCUAGCGUGCCAUGUAAUUAAUUAAUUAUGCUGUACUUAGGGUGGGCGACAGUAUAUUAUUUAUUAUUUAUUAAUUCCUUACCUUUAUCUUAUUACUAUCUAACGUUAGCGUUGUUACGAAAAGCGUGCGGGGAGCCAGUGACUGCGUUAGUUGGCUCUUCGCCCGCUUUAGAUCCGUUCUAAAUUUUAAUCGUAUUUUAUAGUGAUUGUCAUAAUCAAGUUAUUUUUGCUAGUGUCAGUAUGAUCAUGUUUAUGUUAGGUGAAUUGAAUUGAAGUGAAACCAAGUGAGAGUAAAUUGCGACAUACUUGUGCAUUACAUAGAAUGACAUGUGUUACAAACCAUAUUCAUACAUUUCGAUGUUGUGUGCCAUUUAUUGUUGCAAACAAACAUUUAGACAUUUUUUGAUCUAAAAAAAAAACAAUAUUUAUACAAUA